ACCUGGUAGCUAAAAUUGGAUUCAAAAUGUGUAUUGGACCGUUUGUUCAUGAAGUACUAAUAAGUACUUCAUUUGUGUUUUGUAACAAAUGUUCAGAAAAAAAAUGCAUGCAUCAUACUUCUCUUCCCUUUGGAAUCACAGUUGCAUAGAGGAAUAGAGACUCAUAGUCUACACAACGUGUAAACAAAAUUCAACACAUUAUGUCUCCAAUUAAUGACAAAUCAGUGUACCAUUAUGGUGAAAAAUCAAUGAAUGUGUGGCUGUGUGCUCAUUUCUACAGGGGAGUUUAUUACAAACAAUAUUCCAGUAUCUAAGAAAAUUGCAUAUUUCAACGUGUAACUUUUGUUAGUUAGAACUGUAAUUAUACAUUUAUACCACAACUAAACUACAUAAACUCAGCACUAGACUAUGAAAUUCAGUAAAUCAGAAUCCUAUGUUUUCCUUAUUUUUUCUCUUCUUAGUCUUCUAUAGUUGUACAUUUUUUUUACGAUAGCCAAAGAAGGACCAAAGUACCUAUACAAUCCACAAUCUUUUUUGUAUAGUCAAAUAAUCACAAAGUUGCCUUGUGUUUCCCUACAAUUACAAAACAAAAGAUUUGAGUAGUCUAUUUUGCACAAAAUACAUAGUACAAUAAACAUUUUUUUUCUAUAGACAAACAAGGACAAAAGUCCCCUAGUAUUUCCAACUUGAACUAAAACACAAGUCAAAAGACACAAUCCACAGUUUUUUUUUCUAUAGUCAAACAAGGACAAAAACACCUAGUGUUUCCAUUCCAACUUGAACUAAAAAACAAGUCACAAGACACAAUCCACAUUAUUCUUCUAUGGUCCAACAAUCACAUUACCUUGUUUUGGACGGUAAUAAAUACACAAAAUACAAGAUACAAUCAACAGAUUUUUCUGUGGUCAAACAAGGUCAGAUUUGAUGAGUGUUUCUAACACAAAACAGUAAACAAAAUUACAGGAACUUCGACAAGGAGAGUGGGGAGCAACCACACUCCAGACCUUCACCAGAGCUCUGUUAGAACAGCCUCAACAGGCAACAGCACUGUCUCGGAAUCAAGGGCGUUCGCUGGUACACCACGACCUAGAUAAAAUUGACCUAUCCUCUCCCUGCUAGCUCCUCAGACCAAGACAUUGGACAUGCGAUCAAGAUAAAUACAAAAUUAACGGGUGGAAUAGGAAGGAGAGGAGGCACCAUUAUGUGUUAGCACUUAGCAGGUCUUGGUCUGAACGGAUCCAACUUCAAAGUAAAAACAACCUGAGAUUCUGCUUGAUGGAGCUUAAAAACUGAAGCAAGAUCAAUGGCCAGGGUGUUGCCUGAACAGGAACCAAAAUUCAGGCGUCUGACAUAUAGGAAAAUUCAUGGAUCGGAGUACAGUUUUGGAGCACAUGAUCACCCAUCGAGUGGUGUUUUUGAGGUGGAACCAAAGAACUGCCCAGGGUUCAUAUACAGGUGUACGGUUUUCAUAGGCCGCACAACUCUGAAUCCCUUGGAAUUUCGAGAAUUCAUUCAGAGGAUGGCCUCAGAAUACCAUGGAGAUACCUACCACCUCAUUUCCAAGAACUGUAACCAUUUUACAGAUGAUCUUAGCACCAGAUUAACAGGAAAACCAAUUCCUGGUUGGGUCAAUCGACUUGCAAGGCUAGGUGCCUUUUGCAACUGCCUUCUACCAGAAAGCAUGCGGCUUGAGUCAACUGAGACAAAGCAUCUUGCAGACUGUCGUUUCUCAGAUGGUUCCAACACCACCAGCAACGAUAACUUUGACGAAGAUGACUUGGAAGACAAACACCUUCUUCCGACGUCUUCUGUUGGUGAAGACACAAUUGUAAAAGAAGUUCACAGAUGAAUGUCUGGUGAAGCCUUGCAGUGAGUUCUCUCUGUAUUCUAAAAUGUAAUUGGUUUCAACAAUCAAUGUGCAGCUUGUCAUUCAUUGUGUACAUUGUCAUUGUAUUUUAAAAAUGUAAUGAGCUCUUUCUGUUGUGCUCUGAAAUUUUGUGUACAUUCAGUGGCUAGUCCACAUUCAUGAUUGAGUUCAUUUCACCUGUACCAUUGUCCACAUGUAAUUCGUACUGCCCUGUUUAGAUGUCUGUGAUAUAGCAUUUUGCAUGUAAUCUUUUUUUUUUGGUUAAAAUGUAAGUCAAAAGAGCAGGUGUUUGCAUAAACUUUUGGAUAGUCAAUGGUCCAUGCAUUGCUUUGGUCUA